AUGGAAAAGGUUAUGGCUAUGGCUUGUCGCGUGCUGUGCUUGUGUGUUGAUGAGUUGACGAAAUUACUUGUUCCCGCGAUUGAUCGGGUUGUUCAUACACUGAUUCCAUUUUUGAGAUGGGGUCAAGAUCCAACUGUGCUUCCAUUUCCGGAAUGUUAUUAUGCCAAAGCAAUUAGAAUGGCUGCUGCUUCAGCCAUGCCAAAGAUACUGAAUUCAGCUAGAGAAGUUGUAGAAAGCAGCGACCCAGAGGACUAUGAUCACGCUACGCAAUACGUCAAGGAGUUAUCUGAUAUGGUCAUAGGUGCUUUAAACGAAGCUUCAGAUGUGGUCAGUUGUGUCUAUCUUACCUGAUUUUUUAGGCUUAAUAAUGUCA